AAGCAAAGAAACUGAAAAUCGCUCUGGGCCCUCUGGCCUGUGUUGUCCAGUUGGGCGAGAAAGAGGAAAGAAGCUGGAUAGAAUUGUACAUUACAAUACUGGCCCAAAAGAUAAUACUGGAGGAGAGAGAAGCAGUUAUUUUGGUGUUACCGCUUCAGAAAAUCUUCUUUCUCAGGUGGCACAGUAAUAUUAAAGUGAAGAAGUUGCAAUGGGGAAUCAGCUGGCUGGCAUUGCCCCCUCUCAGAUACUUUCUGUUGACAGCUAUUUCUCAGACAUCCAUGAUUUUGAAUAUGACAAAAGAUUGGGCAGCACUCGUUUUUUUAAAGUUGCCCGAGCUAAGCAUCGAGAAGGCUUAGUGGUUGUCAAGGUGUUUGCCAUUCAGGAUCCAACUUUACCAUUAACUAGUUACAAGCAGGAGUUGGAGGAACUGAAAAUACGGUUGCAUUCUGCCCAAAAUUGUCUCCCUUUUCAGAAAGCGACAUUAUCUGAAAAAGCAGCCAUGUUGUUCAGGCAGUAUGUGAGAGAUAAUCUUUACGAUCGAAUUAGUACCCGACCAUUCCUAAACAACAUUGAAAAGAGAUGGAUUGCUUUCCAGAUCUUGACUGCAGUAGAUCAAGCACACAGGUCUGGAGUCCGGCAUGGAGACAUCAAAACUGAAAAUGUGAUGGUGACUAGCUGGAACUGGGUCCUUUUAACAGAUUUUGCAAGCUUUAAACCAACCUACCUCCCUGAAGACAACCCUGCUGAUUUCAAUUAUUUCUUUGAUACUUCAAGAAGAAGAACAUGUUAUAUUGCUCCAGAGCGUUUUGUUGAUGGCAGUAUGUUUGCCACAGAAUUGGAGAAUAUACGAGAUCCUUCCACUCCCUUGGUUGAUUUGGUCAACAGUAAUCAACACAGCAGAGGGGAAUUGAGACGUGCAAUGGAUAUAUUUUCCGCAGGUUGUGUAAUAGCUGAGCUGUUUACAGAAGGUGUACCUCUCUUUGAUUUGUCACAGCUUUUGGCAUAUAGAAAUGGCCUCUUUUCCCCUGAACAGGUCUUGAGUAAAAUUGAAGAUCAAAGUAUUAGAGAAUUGGUUAUUCAAAUGAUCCAGUGUGAGCCUGAAAAGCGUUUAGCGGCUGAAGAUUACUUGAAGCAACAACGUAACAAUGCAUUUCCUGAAAUAUUCUACACUUUCCUUCAGCCAUAUAUGGCACAAUUUGCCAAGGAAACCUUUGUAUCUGCUGAUGAGCGCAUCCUUGUUAUCCGUAAAGACCUGGAAAAUAUAAUCCACAAUCUCUGUGGGCAUGAUCAAACAGAAAAGGCUGAGAGAGAGACAAAGGAAAAUGGAUUAGUCAUCUUGGUUUCAGUAAUAACUUCAUGCCUGCAAACCUUGAAAUACUGUGAUUCAAAAUUGGCUGCCUUGGAGUUGAUUCUUCAGUUGACACCUAAGUUAAGUGUAGAAAUCCUACUGGAUCGUAUCACCCCUUAUCUCUUGCAUUUCAGCAAUGACAUUGUGCCCAGAGUGAGGGCAGAAGCUGUUAGGACUCUCACUAAAGUUCUGACUUUGGUUAAAGAAGUUCCACGGAAUGAUACCAAUAUCUAUCCAGAGUACAUCUUGCCAGGUAUUGCUCACCUGGCCCAAGAUGAAGCAACUAUUGUCAGACUAGCUUAUGCUGAAAACAUAGCAUUGUUGGCUGAAACUGCUCUGAGAUUUUUGGAGCUAGUCCAGUUGAAAACUCUGAACAUGGAAAACGAACCAAACAGUGAAGAAACAGAUGAUACACCACAUCCUAGUGAAAAUUAUGAUACUGAGCUUCAGGCCUUGCAUGAAAUGGUUCAGCAAAAAGUGGUCACUUUAUUAAGUGAUCCAGAAAAUAUUGUUAAACAGACUUUAAUGGAGAAUGGGAUCACUCGUCUUUGUGUUUUUUUUGGACGACAAAAAGCCAAUGAUGUACUUCUCUCUCAUAUGAUCACUUUUCUUAAUGAUAAGAAUGACUGGCAUUUACGGGGAGCAUUUUUUGACAGCAUUGUGGGUGUGGCUGCUUAUGUUGGCUGGCAAAGCUCUUCCAUUCUAAAACCUUUGCUUCAGCAAGGACUCAGUGAUAUUGAAGAAUUUGUAAUAUAUAAAGCUCUCAAUGCCCUUACCUGUAUGUGCCAAUUAGGGCUUCUUCAGAAACCUCAUAUAUAUGAGUUUGUGUGUGAUAUUGCUCCUUUUUUGUGCCAUCCUAAUCUCUGGAUAUGUUAUGGAGCAGUAGGAUUUAUCACUGUUGUAGCACAGUAUUUGAAUAUUGCUGAUGUUUAUUGCAAACUAAUGCCUUACUUGCACUCCUUCAUCACCCAGCCAAUAAUACAGAUAGAUAAAGAAAUUGUUCUCCUGAGUGUUCUGAAGGAACCUGUAAGCCGAUCUAUAUUUGAUUAUGCUCUAAGGUCUAAGGAUAUAGGAAGCCUUUUCAGAACUCUACAGCUUCGUCAGAAAAAAAGAAGUGAGAUUCUUUCUGACUGUCCACCUCCUGAAGAUCCUGCAAUUGCACAACUCUUAAAGAAGCUACUUUCUCAAGGAAUGACUGAGGAAGAAGAAGACAAGCUGCUUGCCUUACGAGAUUUCAUGUUAAAGUCCAAUAAAGCCAAGGCCAAUGUAGUGGAUCAGAGCCACCUCCAUGACAGCAUUCAAAAAGACGUAAUCGACUUGGCAGCUUUGGGAAUUAUUGGGAGACAAGUUGAUCUAAUUAAAACUAAGCAGGAAUCUGAUGAUAAACGUGCUAGAAAACAUGUAAAACAAGAUUCAAAUGUAAAUGAAGAAUGGAAGAGUAUGUUUGGCUCUUUGGAACCCUCUAGUAUACAGCAUCCCCUUACCAAAGGCUAUGUCCAAACCUCUGACCAGGAAGCUAUCCAAACUGGAAAACCUCUUCGAUCAGAAUCCUCUGCUGGCAUUUGUGUGCCUUUAUCAUCUUCUCCACAGACAGCAAAUGGACAAGCUAUCCAAGUCAGAAAACCAACUAUACAAGUUAUAAGCAGUGUAGUUUCACCCUCUACAUAUCAACUGCGCAUUACUACUUGUAAAACUGAACUUCAACAACUAAUACAGCAGAAGCGUGAACAAUGCAAUGCAGAAAGAAUUGCAAAACAGAUGAUGGAGAAUGCAGAAUGGGAGACAAAGCCACCACCCCCAGGUUGGCAUCCCAAAGGGCUUCUGGUUGCUCAUCUGCAUGAACACAAGUCUGCAGUGAAUCGUAUUAGAGUCUCUGAUGAACAUUCAAUUUUUGCUACAUGCUCAAAUGAUGGAACAGUUAAAAUUUGGGACAGUCAUAAAAUGGAAGGCAAAACAACAACCACUAGAUCAAUUUUAACAUAUUCUCGGAUUGGGGGACGUGUAACAACACUUACUUUUUGCCAGGGUUCUCACUAUUUGGCUAUAGCUUCAGAUAAUGGGUCCAUCCAACUUUUUGGGAUUGAAGCUUCAAAACUCCCCAAAUCACCUAAGAUUCAUCCAAUACAAAACAGGUUUUUAGAUCAAAAAGAUGAUGGCUGUGUGGUAGACAUGCAUCAUUUCAAUUCAGGAGCCCAGUCAGUGCUGGCAUAUGCCACUGUGAAUGGUUCCUUAGUGGGAUGGGAUCUGAGAUCCUGUAAUAAUGCCUGGACAUUAAAACAUGAUUUACGCUUGGGACUUAUAACCUCAUUUGCUGUUGAUAUACAUCAGUGCUGGCUCUGUAUUGGUACAAGCAGUGGGACCAUGGCAUGUUGGGAUAUGAGAUUUCAAUUACCAAUUUCCAGCCAUUCCCAUCCUUCUAGAGCACGGAUCAGGCGGCUACUUAUGCAUCCUCUUUCCCAGUCAUGGGUGAUUGCAGCUGUUCAAGGCAAUAAUGAAGUCUCCAUGUGGGAUAUGGAAACAGGUGAUCGACGCUUCACAUUGUGGGCUAGCAGUGCUCCUCCUCUUUCAGAAUUACAGCCUUCAUCUCAUAGUGUUCAUGGAAUAUACUGUAGUCCAGCAGAUGGAAAUCCUAUAUUAUUGACUGCAGGUUCAGACAUGAAGAUAAGAUUCUGGGACUUAGCUUACCCUGAGAGAUCAUAUAUUGUUGCUGGAAGUUCUAGCUCUGCAUCAGUAUCAUAUUAUAGAAAGAUAAUUGAAGGCACAGAAGUUGUUCAGGAAAUUCAAAAUAAGCACAAGAUGGGACCUACAGAUGAAACCCCUCGAAGGGGUCCUGAAUCUUUACCAGUUGGUCACCAUGACAUCAUCACAGACAUUGCUACUUUCCAGACAACUCAAGGAUUUAUAGUUACUGCAUCACGAGAUGGUAUUGUCAAAGUGUGGAAGUAACGUUUACACUGAUUUAUGUAUGUAAAUAAUUGUAAUAAGGAAUUAGCAUAGGAUUAGUUUUCUUUGAAUAAUUGUUUCUAUAGCACAGGGGACAAUGGUGUUCAUGAAAGUAACUAGUGACUCUCUUGUCAACAGUGAUCACUAAUACUAGUAGCCCUCUUGGAACCUGCCAUUAUAUUUACAUAGAAUGAUUCAUGUAGCAUUUUAUCAAACUGCCAAACAAAGGAAAUUGAAGUGAAGAAAUUGUAUUUAACUUUUUAACCAUCCUAUUCUUUGAAAGACUUUAGAAAUUUGUUUAUAAACAUGAAAAAAUGCAUUAAGCUACAUCAACAAUAUUUAUGUAAGCUGACUUUUUUCAACAAAGCCAAGUAAGAGAGUGUUAACACAAAAUUAUUGCACUUUUGUUUCUGUAUAUUCAAACUCUGUAUGUGUAAUGUUGAAAAUAAAGUGUUCGGAUCACU